AUGGCUGAGUUCGAACGGCACCCGUUCUUGCUGUCCGUCGAGGAAACCGCCAGGGCGCUCUCGACAGAUGUCGACAGGGGUCUCAGCUCGGCCCAGGUGGUCGAGCUGCAGCAAAAAUAUCCCAAGAAUGAGCUUCAAGUCGGCGAAGGCAUUCCCUGGUACAGCAUCCUCACCAAGCAAAUCCUCAACGCCAUGAUUAUUGUCUUGGCCUUCGCCAUGGCCCUCAGCUUUGGCAUCAGAGACUACAUCGAAGGCGGCGUCCUUGCCUUCGUCAUCGUCCUCAACGUCACCAUCGGCUUCUGGCAAGAGUACAGGGCCGAGAAGCGCAUGGACGCCCUGCGCCUUCUGUCCUCGCCCAGCGCCAUGGUCCUGCGUGACGGCAAGACCAUUGUCAUCUCGAACCCCGAAGUCGUCCCCGGAGACAUUGUCCUGCUCAAGAUGGGCGACACUGUUCCCGCCGACUUGCGCAUCUUCGAAGCCAUGAACCUCGCCUGCGAGGAGGGUCAGCUCACGGGCGAGUCGAUCCCCGUCGAGAAGAUGACGGAAAACACCAUCACGGUGCCCGGAAGCGAAAAGCACGCCGUCUCCGAGGGCGAGGUCGGCAUCGGCGACCGCGUCAACAUGUGCUACGCGACGACCGUCGUCCGAAAGGGUCGCGGUCGCGGCAUCGUCACCGCCACCGGCAUGACCACCGAGGUCGGCAAGAUCGCCGCCUCGACGAGCAAGAAGGAGCGCAAGCCCGGUCGGUCCAUGAACUGGCACAAGUACGGGAAGCGGCAGCCCGUCGUCGGUCUCGCGAAGCGUACCUAUGACCUCGUCGGCAAGUUUCUCGGCCUCACCGUGGGGACGCCGCUGCAGCGGAAGCUGUCCGCCCUGGCCUAUAUCCUCUUCGGCUGCGCCAUCAUCCUCGCCAUGGUCGUCUUCGGCGCGAAUCACUUUGAUCUGCGAAACGAGGUCAUCAUCUAUGCCACGUCGCUCGGCAUCGCCAUCAUCCCGGAGUCUCUUGUUGCCGUCCUCACCAUCACCAUGGUCGUCGCCGUGACCGUCAUGCGCAAGGCCAACGUCGUCGUCCGCGAUCUCUCGGCCCUCGAAGCCCUCGGCGGCGUCACCAACAUCUGCUCCGACAAGACGGGCACCCUCACCGAGGGCGCCAUGAUUGUGCGCCAGGCUUGGAUCCCCUCCUCUCAUCUCUACACGGUCCACGAUUCUCAGAACCCGAGCGAUCCGACAAAGGGUCGCGUCGCCUACUCGCAGGUGGCCGACGAGUCGUCCCCUGCCGUCGAGCAGGUCGACGACGCGGACGACGAAAAGCCGGCGCGCGACUUUGAUCACGAACGCAGCGCCGCCGGCAUCACAUUUGACGUGCCGGACGAGAAGCUCAACCCCAAGCCCCGGCGGCCCGAGCCCGAGCCCGAGAUGGAGGUCGAGAUGACGGACGCGCUGGAUGCCCUUCUCCUCUCCUCGGCCCUCUGCAACCUCGCGACGGUCCGGUACGACGACGACGAGGAGCGGUGGCAGACGACGGGCGAGCCGACCGAGAUCGCCCUCCAGGUCUUUGCCCAUCGCUUCAAGAUGGGCAAAAAGUCUCUCGAGGCGAAAGGGUGGAAGCAGCGGGCCGAGUUCCCCUUUGACAGCUCCAUCAAGCGCAUGUCCGUCAUCUACGACGCACCGGCCUCGGCCGAGACGAGCGCCAUCGUCGAGGCGGCCAACAGCAUCGUCUUCACCAAGGGCGCCGUCGAGCGCAUUCUUGAUCUGUGCUCCCACAGCGGCGCGGGCGCGGAACGGCAGCCGAUGACGGACGAGGGUCGGGAGCGAGUUCUCGACCAGAUGAGCCGCCUCGCCUCCCAGGGCCAGCGCGUCCUCGCCGUCGCCUACCGCCCCUGGGACGGCCGAUUCACGUCCAAGAUGUCGUCGUCGUCGUCGCCGGCCGAGGACGAGGCGCUGCGGACCGAGACGGAGAGCGGCCUCUCCCUCCUCGGCCUCGUCGGCAUCUACGACCCGCCUCGGCGCGAGACGAAGCCGUCCAUCGGCGAGUGCUCCCAGGCCGGCAUCCGCGUCCACAUGCUCACGGGAGACCACCCGGAGACGGCCAAGGCCAUCGCCAAGGAGGUCGGCAUCAUCCCCAAGAACCUCGGCGUGCUUCCCGAGCACGUGGCGGCGUCCGUCGUCCAGAAGGCGACCGACUUCGACAAGAUGACCGACGCCGAGAUUGACGAGCUCGAGGAGCUGCCGCUCGUCAUCGCCCGCUGCGCGCCCGACACCAAGACGCGCAUGAUCGAGGCCCUCCGUCGGCGCGGCGCCUUCAUGGCCAUGACGGGCGACGGCGUCAACGACGCGCCCUCCCUCUCGCGCGCCGACGUCGGCAUCGCCAUGGGCUCCGGAUCCGACGUGGCCAAGUCGGCCUCCAAGAUCGUCCUCACCGACGACAAGUUCAACUCCAUCGUCUCGGCCAUCCGCGAGGGCCGUCGCAUGUUCGACAACAUCCAAAAGUUCGUCCUCCACCUGCUCACCUCCAACGUCGGCGAGGUCAUCCUCCUCGUCGCCGGCCUCGGCUUCAUCGACGACUCGGGCUUCUCCGUCUUCCCCGUCUCGCCGCUCCAGAUCAUCUGGAUCAACAUGGUGACGUCGUCAUUUCCCGCCUUCGGCCUCGGCCGCGAGCAGGCGGCCCAGGACGUCAUGCGCAAGCCGCCGCACGACAAGAAGCGCGGCGUCUUCACCAACCAGAUCAUCGUCGACAUGGUCGUGUACGGCAUCCUCAUGGGCACCUGCACCAUGUGCACCUUUGUCAUCAUCAUAUACGGCGCCAACGGCGGCGACCUCGGCGUCGACUGCAACACGACCUACUCGGACGCCUGCAUCCCCGUCUUCCGCGCGCGCGCCGCCACCUUUGCCGAGCUCACCUGGCUCAUCCUCAUAUCCGCCUGGGAGUUCAAGAGCCUCCGGCGGUCCCUGUUCCGGCUCAACCCCGACGACGACAGCCGCUUCCCCCUCUUCAAGGACCUCUACGCCAACCGCUUCCUCUUCUGGUCCGUCAUCCUCGGCGCCCUCUCCGUCUUCCCCGUCGUCUACAUCCCCUACCUCAACACCAACUUCUUCAAGCACCGCGGCAUCACCUGGGAGUGGGCGCUCUCCGUCGCCUUCACUGUCGUCUUCGUCGCCGGCAUCGAGCUGUGGAAGCUGUGCAAGAGGCACUUUCACCUGCUCGAGGACCGCCCCGUGCAGCGCGGCGUCUGGGGCCAAGGCGGUCCCGAAGACCUGGGCGUCAAGUUCCGCAAGACGCUGUCCAUGUCGAGCUUCAAGACCUGGGCCUCGUUUUCGCGAAAGGACACGGGCGAUUCGACGUCGAAACGGGCGUUUCCCCGCGGCAACGUGAUACAAAACAUGGUCUAG